AUGGACUUGAUUCGACAAGUUUGGUCUCAUAAUCUUUAUCAAGAAUUAGCCAUUCUUAAUGUCUAUCUUUCUAGAUUUUCAGUAAUUGUCAUUGACACCGAAUUUCCUGACUUUAUCCGAUCCACUCCGAGAGGUGCUCCUGAGGAACAUCUCUACCAAGAUUUGAAAUUCAACUUAAACCUUUUGAAAAUUCUUCAACUAAUGGUGAUCAAAUCCAUGAUGGAGUCUGUAGUGGAGUUUGCCAUCAUAGCUCAACGUUUCCUUGGUACAGUCAGUGAUCUAAAGUACAUGAUUCGCAAUUGCGAAUACUUACUGAAUGGUGAACUUGGACUCAAAAAACUUACUAAGUUACUCAAUAUUGUGAAUGACAUUCCUACCCAUCAACUUGCUGGUUUUGAUAGUUUAUUGAUAGCUUUUGCGUAUGCGAAGAUGAAGAAGAUGUAUGAGUUUUCGUCGGAAAAUCUCGAUGGGUUCUUGUAUGGUUUAUAUUAUAGAAUUCGGGGACAUAAGAUCCAUUGGUUCAAUCCAUAUUACCUACAUUGGGCAUGCUUUGCUCAUAGUUUGUUUUGUGGUUAUGUCAUUGUUUAG